GCAGGAGCGGCGGCGCGGAGAAUGGUGUCCGGCCUGGGUCGCUGUUUGGCGGCUGCGGCGCUGCUGAGUUUCUUGCUGUUCCUCAGCUCUCUCUGGCUGCCUCAAGAGACAGUCCAGAGUUGUGAAGAUUCAUGGAGGCCAUGUCUUAAUGCGUACAAACCUGCCGGACAGGUGGAUCAUGCUUCCGUUCCAGAGGAGCUUGGAGGAAGUGACAUCAUUAGGGAGUGUAACGGACAGAAGUUCCAGGUGUCCCGCCUCCUCCUGCACCUAAACUCCGCCCUCGGACCUGCCUCCGACGUGCUGCUGGAUCCAUACCUGCUCUGCUGGGAGGAGCUGAUCAAGUUCAUGGAGGCUCUGGGUCCUCUGGUGGGAUUUUUCACUCAUAAAGUUGAAGAGAAGAUCACACUCAUCCGACAGCUCUCACUGGAGGAAUCCGCCAGACACAGUGUUACCGCUGGCAACAGUUUGAUGUAUGACGCUCAGCAUGAAGUCCCGCCCCAUGGCCACGCCUACCACUCUGUGCAUUCAAUGCUGGAGGCGGAGCUGCAGAGGGGCGUGGUCUCCUUUGACCAACAAACACCCUCUGGGAGUCGGACGUUGCUCCGCCUUCAUCGCUCGUUGCUAUGGUUACAGCUGCUGCUGGAUAAACUGGGGACUGAGCGUGAGGGGCGGAGCUUCGGUGAGCUGUGUCGCGAGGCCUACCUGGAGGUUCUGGCACCGCAUCAUCCCUGGCUGGUGCAGCGUGCAGCUGAACUGGUGUUUAGCGCAAUGCCCGACCGCAGCGUCUUCCUGCAGCUGGUGUGUGUGCGAACACAGGAAGAGGCGGAGCCUGUGAUGCGCAUUGUCGUUGCAGCGAUCCGAGAAAUUCACGAAAGGACACAGAGAGAGCUGGAGAUCAGAAACAUGCUGGAUCUGCCUUAAAGGGGCAGUUCACACAAAUAUUUAAACAUGCUGUUUAUUUCAUCACCCUCGUGACUUUAUUUCUUCAGUAUAAGGGGCCGUUCACACAGAAUGCUUUUGCUCGAUGAAUGCUUUUUGCUUGACAGAAUGCUUGAUGGACAUGUGUGACCGUCACACUUGCAUCUCACAUCUUUUGAAGCGCUGUUUUUUAGACACCGUGUUGAGUUAAAAGAUCUUCAACAUUGCCAUGCAGUUCAUCACUGUCAGUCCCACAGCAAUGAACCAAUCAGAAGGGUUUGGAGGUGGGACCAUACCGGUCAACCCUCCUGUUUUUCCCGGGAUUCUCCCUUAUUUUACAGUUCUAUCCCGCUAUCAUCCUGUAAAGGUAUUUCUCCCGUAUUUCUCCCGUAAUAUCAAUCUUUUUAUGAAGGGUCACACAACCCAUACAGCCAAACCACCAGGGGACGCCCCUCGACCUUAAAUGGCAUGCUGUUCUGUGCUUUCAUUUUAUUUAGACAUAAAAACACUUUGAAAUAAAUACAAAAAUGGUGGGAUUCCCUUCCUUUUCCUUACAGGCGCCAUCACCCUUCCAAUGCAAUCCUCAAAACAGUCAUAUAGCAGUGCGUGACUGUCAGCUGACGCGAAUGCCCAUAGUGAUAAACAGACGCUGUUACCCAAACGGAUUCUGUACAUGCAAUUUGAAGCGGAGUGAAAGUCUGAGUUUUGGAUCCGUGUUUGAACAGACAUAUACACAUAAUUAAUAAUAAUAACAUCUAAAGAUGUCGAUCUUGGUGGGGUUUUUUUUCAAACACAACUAAUUUUGUCCUACAGUAAAUGAGCGAAAAAAGUAAUGAAAGCAAUCGAAUGCUUUCAUUAUAACGUUAGAUGUGUGCAGUUUUAAAGUGACACCUCUGUUAUUUAAUGUGAUCAAACGAAAAAUCUAAAUGAGAUAUUCAUUCGCUGCUCUUUAAUCAGAAUGUGUAAGUUCUACAGUGAAGAAAACAUUGAGAUUUGAUUACUUUGAUUCAUUUCUUUAUAAUAGCUA